UAAUAAAUCCCACAUGCAGACGCCAGCUACUUACACUUCCUCUGUAAUUGAAACUCGACAUCCAGAGAUCAAGUCUGGCCCCUGUGUGUGGCAAUUGGGACACAAAUCACAGAUGUAUAAGCUUUCAGAGACCUGAAAGCUGAAAUGCAGAAAAAUAUGGGUACCCCCUGGUAAUGACCAUGUGCCCAUAUUACAUACACCAGGCUGCGCCAGAUUUCUUCUUGGCAGAUUAACCAAAGACAAUCUGUCUACAUUCUGAGUGCUGCCACCUACAAGAUCACCAUAACAGAUUCCUCGGCCGAAGUCCACCCUGUUACCAUACCCUUACCCCACCCCAGACACGACUCUGGGGUCUGCCUGAGGCCAGCAGUGUGAAGAUGACCAGCACCUUCCUAGCAUGACGACCUUGGACCAUGUGAUCGCUACCCAGCAGUCAGAGUGGGUCUCCUUCAAUGAGGAUCCACUCUUUCCCAUCCCUUCUGAGGGGGCCACCGAAGGGCACCUCCCGGGACGGUCAUCAUCCUCAGACCAGUCCGAGAGCUCCUCCGGGGAGAACCACGUGGCGGAUGGAGGAUCUCAGGACCUUUCCCACUCGGAGCAGGAUGACUCCUCCGAGAAGAUGGGCCUCAUCUCUGAAGCGGCCUCUCCUCCUGGAAGCCCUGGGCAGCCCCCACCUGACCUGGCCUUGGCCAUCAGCAACUGGGUUCAAUUUGAAGAUGACACACCCUGGACCAGCACUUCACCACCUCCUCCUAAAGAAACAGGCCUACCAUUGACCUUGCCCUGCUGGACAUGCCCUUCCUUCAACUCGCUGGGGAGAUGCCCUCUGACCUCCGAGAGCAGCUGGACCACACACUCUGAAGACACCAGUAGUCCUAGUUGCUGCCCCUCAUACACAGACCUGCAGCUCAUCAAUGCGGAGGAGCAGAUGAGUGGCAGGGCAUCUAGGGCCGACUCUACAGACGAGAGGACGGAGUGGCAGACAGGCAGGCAGACGGCGGUGAGUCCUGUUCAGGCAUGCACGGAGCAUACCUCUACCCGCACCCAAGUCUUGGACCCCUCGCCACCCUCACCCCACUCCAGGAGGAGCCCGAGCCCUUGUGAGGGUCCAGAGGGUCUGGAGGGGACCUCCACUCCCAAUGACAACUCGUCCUCACUCCAGGAAGAUGAAGAGGUAGACAUGGAGGCCAUCAGCUGGCAGGCCAGCAGUCCUGUCAUGAAUGGGCAUGCUGCCACUCCGGUGACUUCUGCUCGUUUCCCCAGCUGGGUCACUUUUGAUGACAAUGAAGUCAGCUGCCCUUUGCCACCCAUCGCCUCUCCUCUGAAGUCAAACACACCAUCUAUUGCAUCUGUGACCCCAGAUGUAUCUUAUUACUCAACCGGCUCAUUUAAGAAGAGGGAACGUCCCAAGAGCACAUUGAUAAACUUCUCCAAAGUUCAGAAGCUGGACGUUUCCUCCUUAAACCAUCCACCUCCCAUAGCCGAGGCUCCACCUUGGAGGGCCACCAACCCUUUCCUGAAUGAGACUCUCCAGGAUGUACAACCCUCCCCAAUCAACCCUUUCAGUGCUUUCUUUGAGGAGCAGGAGCGGCGCUCCCAAACCAAUUCCACAUCUAGUACCACAGGCAAAAGCCAGAGGGAUUCUCUCAUUGUCAUCUACCAGGAUGCCAUCAGUUUUGAUGACUCAAGCAAAAACCAGUCACACUCUGAUGCUGUUGAAAAACUCAAACAACUCCAAAUUGACGACCCUGAUCACUUAGGCAGUGCGACACUGCCUGAUGAUGACCCAGUAGCCUGGCUCGAACUCGACCACCCGCCUGGUGCAGCACCUUCCCAGCCCAGGGAUGGGUGGCCAAUGAUGCUAAGGAUCCCUGAGAAGAAAAACAUCAUGUCCUCCAGACACUGGGGACCCAUCUACAUCAGACUAACAGAUACUGGUUACCUGCAGCUGUAUUAUGAGCAGGGCCUAGAGAAGCCAUUCCGAGAGUUCAAGCUGGAGAUCUGCCAUGAGAUUUCAGAACCCCGGCUCCAAAACUAUGAUGAAAAUGGCAGGAUCCACAGCCUGCGGAUAGACCGUGUCACGUACAAGGAAAAGAAGAAAUACCAGCCCAAACCUGCUGUCGCCCACACAGCCGAGAGGGAACAAGUGAUUAAACUGGGCACCACCAAUUACGAUGACUUCCUGAGCUUCAUCCGUGCGGUUCAGGACCGUCUCAUGGACCUGCCCGUGUUGUCCAUGGACUUGAGCACAGUCGGCUUGAACUACCUGGAAGAGGAGAUUACCGUGGAUGUCAGAGAUGAAUUCUCUGCCCUCGUGAGCAAAGGGGACAACCAGAUUCUCCAGCACCACGUCUUGACACGGAUCCACAUCCUGAGUUUCCUCUCGGGGCUAGCAGAAUGCCGCUUGGGCCUCAACGACGUCCUGGUCAAGGGGAACGAAGUCGUUUCCCGGCAAGACAUCAUGCCGACCACCACCACCAAGUGGAUCAAGCUCCACGAGUGCCGUUUUCAUGGGUGUGUGGACGAGGAUGUGUUCAACAGCUCCCGGGUUAUCCUGUUCAACCCUUUGGAUGCCUGCCGCUUCGAGCUGAUGCGGUUCAGGACAGUGUUUGCCGAGAAGACCUUGCCUUUCACGCUCCGGACGGCCGCGAGCAUCAACGGGGCAGAGGUGGAGGUGCAGAGCUGGCUGAGGAUGUCCACCGGCUUCUCCUCUAACUGUGACCCCCUCACUCAGGUUCCCUGUGAGAAUGUGAUGGUUCGGUACCCUGUGCCCAGUGAGUGGGUGAAAAACUUCCGCAGGGAAAGCGUCCUGGGGGAAAAGUCUCUGAAAGCCAAGGUCAACCGGGGGGCCAGCUUUGGCUCCACGAGUGUGUCUGGCUCCGAGCCUGUCAUGAGAGUGACUCUGGGGACUGCUAAGUACGAACAUGCCUUCAACUCCAUCGUGUGGAGGAUAAACCGGCUGCCUGACAAGAAUUCAGCUUCUGGUCACCCACACUGUUUCUUCUGCCACCUUGAACUUGGCUCGGACCGGGAAGUGCCUUCCAGAUUUGCCAAUCACGUGACUGUCGAGUUCAGCAUGCCCACCACUUCGGCCUCCAAAGCUGCUGUAAGAUCCAUCUCUGUGGAAGACAAGACUGACAUCAGGAAGUGGGUCAAUUAUUCCGCACACUACAGCUACCAGGUGGAGAUUGAGCAAAAAAAGAGUUUGAAGCCGGACUUUGAAGGAGAGGAAGUGGAAAACCCCAAGGAGUGUGGGGUCCAGUGACGAAGCCUCACUGGGAGGCUGUGACCUGAGAGUCCCAAUAGGACAUCUUCCCGAAUAGCUGAAGUUCAAGUCAGUACCUACAUGACUACCCCAUGCUGGGAGCAGUGUAUCGGACCUUCCUGUCUGUAGUUGCCUAUAUGUGAACAGGAGACCCGAGGCGGCUGCUGCGGAGAGGCUCUAACUGCCUGAAGCAGCCGGUUCACCUGGCUUGGAGCUUCCUCAUUGAGCCGCCCCUGCCUCUGCUUAUCUCACAGCACUUGGGUGUGGUUUGUUGUGACUAGGAGAGUCAGGAAAAGAACCUCCGCAUCAGUGUUGGCAUGAUUUCCUUCUGGUGUUCUUCUGUCAUUUACAUGAAUUUCUGGAAAACACGGUCUUGAGCGGUUAAUUAAGAACCCAUCUCUUGUCACUCCCUCUAGAAAAGGUUCAGAAAAGUACAAAACAAAUUUCCUCUUUAGGUUUCCUAGUCCUUUCGCAGGUGUCUCCAUUCUUUGCAUAUGAACACUAUGCAACAGACGUUUUCGAGAUUCUAGACUGUUUUGAAUGAAACACUUUUUCCAUCUCUCUAAGGUUUUGGUCACAGGAUGGGAAAAAGGCACAGGAAGAUACUCUUUUAUUCUGUGAUUAGCCCCACAUUCUGCAAAGGGUGGCUGUUGAAAGGAAAGCAAAAUUGAGCUUAUUUUUCUUCAUUCUGGGGAAAAGGGACAUUCAUUGUAAGGUUAUAUUCAAUUCAGGAGACAGCUUCAAUCUCAGUGAAUUCCCAAAUUCACAUUGAAAAAUAUAGGCCAUUUCUGAUUUCUGAAACAAGUGGAUAUAUAUGUUAUACCUCAGGCAUUUGGGAGCUCUUUUUAUACCUCAUAGCCAAUAGAGAGCACAUGUCUCUGUAACUCGGACUUUUCAGGAAACGUAUGCUGAAGAGAUCAUUUCAAAGCUGUUUUAAAACUAAGCUUGUAUGAGCUUUUCCCAGAAAUUCAGAGUUUGACAAGCACAGUAUUGUAAUAGAUCUAAAAGGCAGAAGACUCUAGGGUAGAGGUGGUGGGAAAGUCAUACUUUUUAAACAUAGAUUUUAAGAGUCUGGGACGCUCAGUCUUCUUUGCCUUCAUCCGUUCCGGCUCACAUUCUGCACCUCUGCUUCUUAUUUGUACAUUGGUGUUUUCUUACCACACAAGAAGCUACAUCAGCCAUCCUGAAGGGGAUACCUGCUCAACAAUUCAAAGGCAGCCUGUCUCUGUCUUUCUGUAUAUCCAUGAAGAAUGGAGGAGGGGGACAGAGAGCACAUUGAUCAGAUUUGUAGAUGACACAGAAAUAGACAUAUAUCUAGUCUGUUGACCAGGAGAUUCAGGAUUAACUUAUUCAAUGAAUAGUCAUUGAACUCUAACUAUGUACUGACACUAGGAUAUCGGAAUCAUUAUAAUUUUUUGAAAUACCUGAGCAUAAGACUGAAAUUAAAAAGAUGAAAUUGAAGCAUUAAUGAAAAAAUAUAUUUUGAGUUUUCUUAAAUGCAACCCUCUAAGAACAGCAUGGUAUAUGUGUUGUGUAUUUGUGGAUGUGUCUGUAUAUUGUGUGUGUGUGUGUGUUGAUGGGAAGGGUGUUGGAAAGUCAUGGUUUCACAGCAGUUCAUGUAGAAAUGUUUUCUUAUGGAAAUAGGAGUUCAGUUUUGAAUCAGGAGUAUAUUGUGGCUAUUCAUAAAGCUAUUUCAUUCAACCCGUGGUAAUAGAAGUCCAGGGAGCCCUGCAAACUGCACUGGUAAGACCACAUCUGGAUGGAGGGUUGAGUUUAAUUCUGGGUACUAUAUUUUGAGAGAGACAUUAAUACAUUGAUUGUGUCCAGAAACAGGUGGCCAGGGUUGUGAAGGGUCUGAUUAUACAAGGAACAGGGGAAUAGAUCCCUGAAGAACAGAAGGUAUAGCGGGAAAGGAAGUGCAGAAAAGGAGGAAAUGAUAUAAUAGGUGCAUUGAAAUUUCUGUUGAGUUAUAAAAUAGGAGAGUACUUAGACUUAUUCUGUGUAGCUUCAAAGGGCAAAAAUAGGAACAAAGGGAAACUUGAUACAUGACAGAUGUUUGCUUCAAAUAUAAGAAAGUUUUCUAAUAAGAGUUGCUUUAAAGAGGAAUGGACUCAAUAGCAAAAUUUCCUGUUGCUGCAAAUGCUCAGGCAAAAGUUAAAAUAAUGAUCUAUCCCAGAUGCUUCAAAAGGUCCUCUUACAUUGGAUUUGAGCUGAUGACUAAGAUCCCUUCUACAUAUAGUAGUAAUAGGGCUCUCUGACUCUAGGAGUGGUUUUUCAUGCUCUUUGAAAUAUAGCGGGUUCCCCCAGUGAGUGGUGUCAAGUGAGGGUUCCACAGUAUUUCCCUUCCCCUCUUGUACUAAAGGCACAUGAGAUUCCUAAUAGAAACAUCAAGGUGAAUUGAAGACUUAGCAAGGUGAAGGUCAUUCGGGCACCUUCCUUACCCAAGGUUAACAUCCACACGCCCUCUCAAGAGCUCUGCCUCACCUAUUAGCAUCACAUGUGUAUUGCUUGUUGGACCUUGUAUCCCCACUUGCUCAAUUCUGAUUGCUUCAUGCUUUCACCUGGACUUUUUUUUUUUUAACCAAGGGCUGGGAAAGUCCCUUCCAUGCUGUCUUUAGAUUCAGCAAGCAAGUUAUUAUUAAUAUUUAAAAACCUACCACUUGAUUUCAUAAAAUUUGUUUUUCCUCUACUAUUUUGGGGAAACUGAUUAAAGGUAGCCUUUAGGGGCUUGGGGAAUAUAAUACUAUAUAUUUCCAGACCUAGUGUUUUGCUAGUCACCUACACAGAAAACACAGUUGGGCAAAUUCCUUUUUUGAAACAAAAACAUCGUUUUACUUUUUAUUGAUUUCAGAGAGAGGAAGGGAGAAGGAGAGAGAGAAAAAAACAUCAAUGAUGAGAGAAUCAUUGAUCGGCUGCCUCCUUCACACCCCACACUGGGGAUUGAGCCUGCAAUCCAGGCAUGUGCCCUAACCAGGAAUUGAACCGUGACCUCCUGGUUCAUCAGUGGAUGCUCAAACACUGAGCCACACCAGUCAGGCUCUCCUGAGUUCUAAAGAUGUUUUCAAAACAUCACCAAGGUCUAAGUGCCAUUUCCCUACAAAUCACCAUUUCUUCAUUAUGCUCUUUAAAAAUGAAACUUGCUUUGGAUAUUAUGACUCAUAUUUAUGUAUUUAAGGAAUUAAAAGUGAAUGAGACAUACGAGGCAGUCAUAAACAUAGAAAAAUAAGUGUGUGUAUCAAUAAUGUUUUCCCAUGUAUUAGCUAAAGCAAGAAAACGGAAUUGUUACAUUUCUUCUGGUGUGCCUUAGCAAAUCUGAUUGAGAGUCUAGUUCCUGGUUUUUAUUUUGAGAAUUGAAAAAAAAUCUCUGACCUUGCAAUUCCAGGCCUUGUAAAGACACUAUUCAUAGUGAUAUGUUCAGUAGUGCCUGGAGAGAGGCAGAUAACAAUUGUAUGUCAUGAAAAGCUAUUUAAGAACAGACUCCAAAAAAUAGAUUUUCAAUAUGAAGAGAUAUUCAUAUUGAAUAUGAAUGAGAAUAGAGAUGACAAAUAUAGCACUGGCCAUCAAACCUCAAAUUCCUGGACUUGAGGCUAUCCCUGAAAAGUAAGGAGCCCUAAGAAAAAUAACAGAUUGCAUAGCAGGGAUACACAAUAAAAUCAGUUCAAGUCAACAAGUAUUUAUAUAUUAUCUGGUGCUGUGCUAGCAGCCAGCUUCCCUAAAGGGAGCUACAGCCAAACACAAGGACACUGAGGAUUGCUGGUGUAAACUCAUUGGUGGGAUUAAAAUUGGGGUUUCUAUGAAUCUUUAAAGGACACUGUUAUGGAUUGCAUGAAUUGCAUGUUCAGUGACUUGCAAUUUUCCCAAUUGGGCUUCAGUAACCUCAGUUAAGGAAGUGAGGAAGCUGGACUCAUUAUUCCCUCAGGUCCUUUCCAGUUUUAUGGAUUAUUUCACAAAAUACCCUUUGGUGCCAUUGUCAGUGAUACUUCAUGUCAACAGGCCUCUUCACAUAGUCUUAAGAGCCAAGACAUUUAAACUUUAAAGAUUGGAAAAGUCAGCUGGCCCAUCUUUUUCCUUUUCAUGUCUCUAUCCUUUACCAUCUGCCCAGACGAUAGAAACACAGGAAACCCUGCAAUCCUCUAUUUUGUAGUUGCCUUCAAAGAAAUAGAUAAAUAUGGAGGAUCAAAGGAUGAUGAAGAUCAACAGGAACACUGCUUGGGAAGGUCCACUGGGAUCACCCAGCACAAUGUAUGAGUGUGAGGAAGAGCAGAGAGCUCUCCAAAAUGGAUGUUGUAUUUGGGUACUACUUACAGUAGAAGUAGGUCUAACCCUCCAAAGUACUAAGGCACGUUAGGAUGAUCAGCAAUUUAUAUAGGUAUACCCUUUUAUACAAAAGACUGAAGAAAUUGAGGGAGGAAAAACCACUCAGUAAACAUCUAGGACUAUGUCAUACAGUUAUGGCAAAAUGAGAUGAAAGGGUCAGUCUUCCCUAUCCACACUGUCUCCUAGGAGCAUAAAAAUGUAGCUUUUGAAUUUUUUCAAACAUGUACAAACUACAAAAUAGCAUCUCUUCUGUGGUAUGUGUUAGUAUGAUUUUAAUUUCUUGUACUUAGAUUUGGUCAAAUGGAAUGGCUCCCUUCGAACUGGACAGAGCAAGAAAUUCCCGCAUCCUCUGCCUCUGAUCAAACUCUCAAUGCUAGUUUUGGAUGCCAUCUAGCCUCACUGUGACUGAAGCCUUAAGUACCAUGUGCUUCAAGAUCAGCGACCCCACUUGGUUCUAGGGAAGCAGAUGUGCAGAUCCCAACAGCAACCUGUUGGACCAAAGUUUUUAAGGGUUUUAAAGUAUGGGGGUGACAGAAGAGAUGACUAUGAACUCCUCUGACCCUAAGCCAAUAUUCAUUUAACUUUUGUGUCCAACUGCCAACAGAGCCUGGAGAAAUUUUCACUAUGUUCAGGAAAUUAGACAGUGUUUUAGCCAGAGAAUGAUAAAAGUGCACCCCUCCUCACCCUGCAUUUUUAUAAUGUCCAUAGUGAAUUUCAAUGUGUCAAGAUGGAUGGACCCAAAAUCCAAUGAAUGAUUCAGCUGAUCCAAGGCUUGUAUUUUCCUUCAUUCAUCAUCUAUCUUCAUUUGGUGAAACUUUUUUGUACUAUUGUGAUUAAUUUUAUGUAAAAUUGCUUUACUUAAAAAAAAAUAUGUGCCUAUGUAAUAAAGUCUACACACUGGCUAACUCUGUAGAGGUGAGAUUUUGUUUUUAAUUGUUCUGCUGAUUAUCAUCUGUAAUACCUUUUUGAACUAUGAAAAUGAGCUAUUAAUAAACAUUUCUAAGCAAAAUC